UGUUCAUUCAAUUUCAUUUACCCAUUCCCAUUCCCACUUUUCUCACUUUUCAACUUUUUCACUUUCUCACACUUCUCACUUCUCACUUCUCACUUCUCUCACGUACAUCUUUAGCUGCUUCAUCCAUUUUAUCAAGUUUCCUGUUGUUUCCUCAUGCCACAAGGACCCAUGACAUUCCGUCCUUUGGACGAGAAUAAUCGAGAUGCACCUCCACCCUAUGAGGCCAAUGCAACAACAACUAGCCCACCUAUUAGUCCUAUUGCUCCACACCAACAGUACCCAGUCCUUAGCGCAGCAACGCACCAUGAUGGCACUACAUCCUUACCGUCGCCACCGCCUAUUAGCUAUUAUCCUCCCAUGACAACUAUCUCCAACGCAAUACCAACAGUAGCAGCAGUAGCAUCAACAGCACAAUAUCCUCAGUAUCCCACAAUGACCAUGGCAGUCCCUGAUACGUCGAGUGAAGUGCCUUAUCCAAUAGCAUCUUCUGAUAAUUUCUUUCCAUCACCCCUUGUCACCCUUACUGUUAGUAAUUUCUAUAGGCCGCAAUUAUACCCAACGAUACCACUUCAGGACUCUACCACCAACGACGGUACAUACCCUAUAUCACUUUCAUCCACACCGAGUAGCCUGUCGGUGCAAUAUGAGCCGAGCGCCCCUAGUCCGCAUAACCCUCAAUGGUCGCUGUAUUCAUCUACAAUUUCUACACCAGCAACAGCGGCAUCCUCACUUUUUCAAGAUGAUAAGAGAGCUAUGCAAAAUUACUAUAAUGAACUGGAUAGUAGAGUAGAGUCAACAUCAAUAACACAGCAUCCAUAUCUCUCUCAAGCCUCAUCGCAACAACAGCAACAACAGCAAUCACCAACCUAUCCUUCAUUUCCUGCGAUGACACCUAUACCAAAACUAGUAACUACAUUCCGAUGCAAGAAAUGUGGAACGAUCUUGGAGUCAGAAACAGCCGUCUGUAAGCGCAUUCACACCGUGCCAGUGAACUUUUCAGAGCGAAAAGUUCAACACGCGACAGGACGCGAUCUCAGAGAACGAACGAUAUAUGAUUCAGAUUUGUUCAGAAUGUCCAGUCAUAAUAGCAUGGGUGAGGGGAGAAGGAGGUGGAGUACGGCCCAUGAAAAUAGUCAUAAUGAUAGUUAUGAUGCUGGUAAUGCUAGUGCUGAUGCUAUGAAUAGCAAUGGCGGCGAUGCCAUGCUCCAUUCGUCGUCGUCGCCCCAACGGUCGAGGGCAACAUCAUAUUGUUACGCGCCUUUCUCAAGCACAGGACCGGGACCACCAGAACUAGGUCUACUUGCGCCACCAACCAUUACAACGACGACGACGGUUACAGAUAACACUCAAUAUGAAACAAGUAAUGGGCAAAUUCGACGAUCAAUGAGUGUACAGAACCCAAUGACAACAUUAAGGAAGUUAUGGCGCGAUGCAAAGAACGAGUUUAACUAUCAGUCAUCGACUUCAAGGAGUUCAUGGCAGCAACAAUAUGAGAUUGUAGCUCCAUCUCCACUGCCCUCUUCUUCUUCAUUCUCUCCUUCUACUACUACUACUACUACUACUAUUGCUACUACUCCCACCACCUCUACAACUUUGAAUGUUGCGCCAUACCAAGCAGAGUCGAUCUAUCCACCUCCACAACAACCCUGAAAAGGAAAAUGAUAAAAUGAUGCAAAUACAAUAAAUGACAUGAG